AUGGAAACCAGAAGUAAGUCCCAGCCCCUUGUGCUGCUAAUGCUGGUCAGCAUGCUCUUCUCACAAAUGUUGGCGUGGCCUCUUUUUGGAGCACCCUCUUCUCUGAGGUUAGAUGACAGAAUACCACUUGAAGGAGCAAAUGAACCUGAACAGGUUUCUUUAAAAGUAGACACUGACAUCUUGCAAAAUGCAUUAGCUGAAAAUGACACACCCUAUUACGAUGUGUCCAGGAAUGCCAGACAUGCUGAUGGAGUGUUCACCAGUGACUUUAGUAGACUCUUGGGUCAACUUUCUGCCAAAAAAUACCUUGAAUCCCUUAUUGGAAAACGGGUUGGCAAUAGCAUCACAGAAGACCAGGGGCCAAUCAAGCGCCACUCUGAUGCAGUCUUCACCGACAACUAUACCCGCCUUCGAAAACAAAUGGCUGUAAAGAAGUACUUGAACUCCAUUCUCAAUGGGAAGAGGAGCAGUGAGGGAGAAUCACCUGACUUUCCCGAAGAGCUAGAAAAAUAA